AUGGGCUGGUGUGACCCCGGCGUACAGAUGCUGUUCACCAUCAUGGGCGCUUUCGCAGCUUUCAGCCUGAUGAGUAUAGCGAUCGGCACGGAUUACUGGCUGCACUCCCGGGCUUAUAUCUGUAACAGUACCAACGGCACCAGCGAGGAAAACGAAGUGAAAAAGGAGAAAGGCUCGAUGAUUCACUCGGGGCUCUGGAGGGUUUGCUGUGUUGAAGGACUUCAAAGAGGAAAUUGCUUCAGAAUCAAUUACUUUCCUGAAGAUGAUGAUUAUGACCAGGAGGGAUCAGAAUACCUUUUACGCAUUGUCCGUGCUUCCAGUUUAUUCCCAAUACUCAGUGCUAUCCUGUUGCUCCUGGCCGGUCUGUGUGUCGGAGCCGGCAAAUUGUACAGCAGCAAAACCAACAUUAUCCUCAGUGCAGGCAUCCUGUUUGUAGCAGCAGGACUGAGUAACAUUAUCGGGAUAAUCGUGUAUAUAUCCAGCAACACGGGUGACCCCUGGGAUAAAAACGAUGAUGAGAAAAAGAGCCUGUAUUCUUACGGCUGGUCUUUCUAUUUCGGGGCGCUAUCCUUUAUUGUGGCGGAGAUGGCCGGAGUGCUAUCUGUCAGCAUUUACAUUGACAAGAACAAAGCGGUGAGGACCAGGUCCCACCGGGACUACUUAAAGACUUCCUCCUCGCCUUACGCCAGGAUGUCCAGCUACAGGUACCGCCAGCGGCGGAGAUCCGGCUCCAGCUCAAGGUCAGAGGAGCCUUCCCCGGCUCGGGAGCUGUCCUCGGCCGCUGGGCUGAAGGUAGUGAGUAGCGUGGUGCCCCUGACCGAGAUCUCCAUGUACACCUUGUCCAGAGAGGCGGCCAAGGGACCUGCCAGAGCCAGCUACCACCCGGAGCAGGAAGAGAGCUUCCUCCAGGUCCAUAACUGUUUCCAGAAGGAGCUGCAGGAAGACCUGGUGGCCAACAUCAUGAACAGGCGAACGACGCCAGUCUGA